UGGGAGAGGUCUCAGCGAAGUAUGGAUCUGCCCACCCGAAGCUGGAUGCAGAACCACGGUGGAUCUCCUGAAAUGACAGAGUCGUGUUCGCCAUUUGGGGAGGGCCGAGGCCUGUGUCAUCUGCGCAGGAUUGGCAUCCGAGCUCCAGUUCCCAGUAUUGCUGACGUGAUCCAUUUUUCAAAGACGAUAACACUGAUCGGCAAAAGCCGAGAGGUUGUGGACUGUUUCCUCAGCUGUGCCACAGGAGGAGGGAAUUACAUAUCCCGGAUCCAUGCGCGUGUGAUUCGAACCCGUGAGACGUACGAGCUUCUGGAUUCCAGCCUGCGCGGGGUGUAUGUCAACGACGUGCGGAUCAGCGGUAAGGUAGUCUUGCAGGAAGGAGACACCGUUACUUUUGGCCAUCCAGAUGGGAAGGGCAUACUCCCUGGAGUCCGCGUCCGGCAGCCGAACUCUCCCUUUUACUUCCUGUUUGAGCGCUGCCAUUGCACUUUUGAACAGAUGCAACGUUUGUGUGCAGAGAGAAGAACCUCAUUCCAAAAGUCUCCCACGUCGGCGUCAACGGAAGCAUCGCAGCUGAGCAGGUUGAGUCUGGGGUUUAGGAACAACCUCACUCCUCCUGAGGCGGCUCACGCACUGCCCAUGGGUCCACCCACCAGCACGCCUGAGGCCCGUCGGGGCUGCCUGCGUCUUGAGGCCACCGCUUUGGCUUCACCGCUAACCUCGGCGGCUUCAGCAUUCCUUCCGGUUACGCCUUCACUGGCCACAAGGUCUGAUGGAAACUCCGUGGCUCCUGGAGUCGACAGCUGGAACAGAGCCACAGCAGGAUCCUUUCCUCCGUUGGGAGGUGCGGAGAGCCCUGCCACCUCUCUGCUUCUGCGUUCCACUUCACCUGACUACCCAGUCCUCGGUGAAGAGUCACCUGUUGCCCCCGAGCCUUGUCCCCAAAGAAGAACCCUUGAGAAGCCACACUUCCCUUUGCUCCAGGAAAGUCCACCAUCCGGUGAUUCAGAGUCUCCAGAGGGUGACGGCGAGCCAGAGACAGGAGGAGAUCCAGGGUCCAGUGAGCCGUUUCCUCCUGAGGAUAGCAAGAGCGGUCCUGGAGUAACUGGUCCUGCCGACCUGCGCCCGCCAUUGCCUUCCCCUGCUUGCCUGAAGGAAUCGGCAGCAGCUGACUGUGAGGAAGGGUUUUGGAUUGGAAGGCCGAACGAUCCCGCUGGGCUUCCGAAAGGCUUGCCGCAGGCCACAUACUUCCUCCCUUCGAAGAGCAGAGACGAACCUGGUCCUGCGUCCACUCCUCCUGGCCAAGAAGAACUUGUUCCUGAUUCCUCUGGCCAAGAGGAAAAAAUCAGAGAGAUGAAUUUCUCCCGGAGCCCGGAAGAAACCGCUCAGCUUGAGCCUCCUGUUGAGAAACACAGCGUGCUUGAGAGGCAGGUAGUGGAAGAGGAGGGAGAAGCCAUGGGGGGUGAUGAGGGGACACCCGUGUGGAGGAUGGAAGGAGAGAGCCCUGGGGAAGAGCAAGCACGGAGCGUUAUGGAGCAGGCAGUGCCUGGAGCAGACGUGGCCGCCAGUGCAGCACACAGGGUCCCAGAGGAAAUAAGGACCUCCCUCUCAGGAAUAUCGGGAAGUGCGCAGAACAACGGAUCAGACAGAAUGGCUGGGGACUGUCCUUCCCUCAAAGAGCCAGAGAGCCCGUCUUUACCCGGCUCGGUGAGGUGGGCCAGAUCGGAUCCUGAACGAGCCCGUGACGCUUCACCACGAAAGAGCCGGUCUUGGGGGACUCCAAAGGCCAGCGAUGACUGUGCUAUGAACUCACAAGAUAGUGCCUCUGAUGGUGAAAAGGACAUGGAAACCCAGCCUUGUGGAGAUACCAACCUGUUAGCUGUGGGUUGCCACACUGGCACAAGAGACACAGACCGCCCCGAGUUAGAGACGGGCUCUGUGAAUCGAGAGGCUGCGGGGGUCGGCCUUUUAGAAGCCCCUUGCGCAGAAACGGGGGCUCAGUCUCUCCGUGGAAAGGAAAGGGGGCUGGAUGGCGUGACUUCAGAGUGUGCAGAAGGAAAGGACACAAGUACAAAGCUAGAUGGCUUUGGUUAUGACGGGUUAAGCACCCGUGUGGUGUUACCUGGUCUUCCGCCAGUGGCUUUGCCAGCUGAGGAGCCUUCCAAGGAGGAGUUUGACAAAGAAGGAGAAGCGGAAUCUGCUACAGCUAGGCAGGAAAGCAUGUCUUCGGGAGAUCUCUCAGAGCCUUCUGGCCAGGAGAGCGUUCUUCCUGCUGCUUCAAACCCCCUGGCUGUGCCUGUUCUGCAGAAAGGGGCAAUUCCCGAACAGCCCCUUGCGGCUGCGGUGCUUGAACGCCUUGAGGUAGUUCCGGGCGAAGGGUGCUUCUGUGGAAGCCUGUCCUGCAACAGCGAGAUUCCCGCUGAAGAAAAGGGGGAGGAGACGGCCAAAGUUGAGAGAAGAUCAGAGUGUUUAGGCCCCAAAUGGGACGGAAAGGACAAAGACCAAGACAGCGAUGUUGCUGGUUCUGUGCCGGAGGUCGACGUCCGUGAGGAUGGCGGUCAUUCCCCGUUAGCGGCUGGAUCCCCCGAAGGUCAGCCCAGCUGUGAAAGUGGCAGUGAGGAGGAAAUGGAGACCGAAUACCUACAGGGAGAAGAGAACUCGGAGGAAGAGGCAGAAGAAGCCGGCACUGCAGGAGCUGCUGGCCCCCAGCAACAAGCCGCUGGAAGGGACAGCUGGCCGAGGGGCCUGCGGGAGGGCCCUCUCUGUGCCCCUGCCAAAGACCCCCCCACAAGAUGCCGUCAAGAGGAGGCCGCCGGGCCCUUGGCAGGCACAGCAGGCCGGCCGGCCGGGCAACGUUCUCCUUUCCGAGGGCUUGCAGAUGACUUUGGGGAGGGAGGCAUCCCCCGCUCCAGCCAUUCUCCUUCCACCGAGGCACGGUGCCCUUUGCAGACAAGCAAGGAGGAAGCUGGUGGGAAACGGGGACCUGAAAAUGGCAGUCUUUUGGCGCGCCCAGUGGGCACCGAGGAGGAAGGAGAGAGGCAGGAUGGAGAAGGACUGCCUGCGGUGGCCGGAGGUGGCGGUGCAGGGGAUGCAGAGGCCUCCUCGGGUCACGCAGAGGGCGGUGGUGAGGGAAACCCUUCCCAGAUGGGGCUAUGGGAUGAUUUCCAUGCGCCUCAUGGAUCUCCUUCCAGCAACUCUACCCACCUGAAAUGCUGUCCGGAGCCCCCCUUGCCUGUUGACCAACUGGAAGCAGAACCUGACAGGCCUGAGCCUGAAGCCCCAGAAGGUCGCUUGGGGAUGAAUCCCCAGGGAGUCGAGGUUGGGAAGCCAGUGCUUUGCCCCAAGGCCUCUCUCAUGGAAGGCAGUGCUCCCGAGGAAGCCCAUGAACCAGACGUGGUGGUUGACCGUUUCGCCUCUCCCGGACCGGAACGUGCUUGUCAAGAUACAACCUUCCAGGAAGAAGACGUGGGAUUCGGGCGAACUCCUGAAGGACCCCAGUGGGAGGAGGAAAAGGUCAGCCUCCGAGAAGGCGCUCCGAGGGCUGCCUCUGAGAAGGCUGGAGCUGCGGAAGAAAGUGGGGUAGGAAACCUUCUGAGGGAGCCCCAGGUGGACUCUGCUGAGGUCCCAGAGUCCUGUGGCCAUGGCAAACGCAACGCGCAUGUCCCUGACUCUGGAACGGAUGAGGAAGAUUCCACUGGCAGAGAGAGCGUCCAAGGUGCUCAAGCUCCAGGCGGAUGGCGGCAUGAUUGGGGGGUGGCUGAGAACAGCAACGUGUGGGGCGACGUAAGUGAGGGAUCCACCGUCCAAGCUCCGUGCACUGCAGCCGUCCAGGGAAGCAGCAUUGGGGGCCAGGAGAUGUCGGGCAUGCUUUUAGAGCAGCACCUCGGCUCCCGUAGUGAAUCACUUGACGACAUAGAGGAUGCUGCAGUUGCUGAACCUCAGAGCCACCAGGCAGAGGUGGCAGCGGGUGGAGAUUCAACUCUUUCCGUGAGACGUGGAGGAGCGGCAGAAGAAGGGGAAGAUCCGUAUGCUAACAGAGGGGGACUUGCAGCGGUAGCUUCUGUCCAUCUGGCUGCUGAGCCCCCUUGCCUGGCAGAAAUCCAUGCCAAAUGUAGCCUAAAGGGAGAAGCCCCGGAUGGUGCUGGUGAAUUAUCAGAGAAUGCCAGUUCAGCUCUUGAGCCGGAUGGUGGCCUUGCGAGUGGCAGAUCUCCUUGCCAGCUAGGAGUGGGGAGGUUGCCAGUGCCCUUUGAAGCUGGAGGCAGAGGCGAAGAGCCCCCGGGGUGGGGAGGGCCAGCUGGCCUUCGGUCUGACAAAGAGGAAUGGACCCAGAAGACUGAAGGGCAGUGCCCGGCACACCUGUGCCCCGACGUUGAAACCGGGCGGCGUGACGGAAGCGAAGGCCAAUAUGAAGUGGGUUCGGAUUCCUCCUCUGUCGGGUUGAAUGAAGGGGAGGAGUUCUGGGACUGUCCUGGAGGCAUCUUGCAGAAGGAAGAGGAGCCGGAAGGCGUUUAUUCCAGGAAAAGGCCCCUGGAUGACAAGGUGGAGGUCAGGGUUUCAGACCGAGGAGAGGAUUCUGGUUCUCCAAAGAGGCCCUGCCUUCAGGAUCUGCAUCCGGGACGGGAGCUGCCAUUUGGCCUGUCUCCUCUGGCCAUGACCGCUCCUCUUCUAGAAGUUAGGAAGGGUGACCUGUUUGGCACAACAAAGGGGAGGUUUCCGGACCCGCUCAGCGACCGCGUCACUCUGCAUCUGGGCCGAAUGGAACAGCACAAGAGAGACAUGGUGGCAGAAAUGGUGAGAAAUUAUUUCGAGAAGACCUUUUGCUCCAGUGAACCAGGCAACGGAAGUGGAAAAGCAGCAAUGCUGGCACUUCCCGUUGAAGCGGGUGAGGGUUCAGAGAGCAGAUCUGCAGGUGUGCCGGAGACGAGGGGGGAAACACGCCAGGAGGAGCCCCCGUUCUCUGCUGAGGACCCGAGCAGCAGUACCUGGUUGCAGGCCUCUUCCUCGGAUGGGCAGCCUUUGUCUGCCGUUUCCCCAUCUGGCUGCCCUCCCCGAGAACACGGAGACGGCUCGGAAAGCCACAGUCCAGAAAGCAUUUGGGAGGCUUUCUUCUCCCAAGAGGAGCACUUCCAGACGAAGGUGUGUUCGGCCCUGGAAAGCUCCCCGCCAGGCUCUCCUAGCCGGUCCCUGAGUGUGGAGCGUGCGCCAGAGCCCAGCAGGGAGACCUUGGACGGUUUCUUCUCUGACACCUCCAACGGUUCUGGGGAGGCUGCUCACAGCGGAUCUGCCUGCAAACCAAGCGACGGGAAUUCUUCUGGAGGGGAGAGUGGCGGCCUCCCCGAAGGGGCUUCCGACCUCGCUGAGAUCAACACGCUGCCUGAAUCUUCCCGUGGAGCCUCGAGGACGCCCUCUGGUACCCCGGCAUCGUCUCCAGAAAGCCGCUGGUCUCUCACGGAGGAGGCACAGCCUGAGCCGGAUGGCUCCGUCACUCCAGGCGAGUGUGACGCCCUCCGUCUUCAGCGAGGGGACGGCAUGUUGGACGGGGCUGACGCCACUGAGGAAGCUGCCUGCAUUGAGGACUCUGAGCUGGGGGAGCCACCUUAUGUGAAUUCCAUUGCGGGAGAAAAGGAGCAGGAUGAGGCCAGCCGGAGCAGGAUGCAGAUGGAAGAGGCAGCUUCUGCCCAGAGGAAAGCCACGGACUCUCCUUGUCAAGAGAUGGAAUGCGAGUUGUCCGGUGACCCAUCCCGUGCCAGCCCUCCAUGGGAACCCUGCACAUGGCCAGGGGCUGGGCGUUCUCCUGUGGCCCCGAAAGGAGAGCCUCCUGACCAAGGCCAUUGCCCCGAAGGGGACCGUGGGAGGGGGUCUCCUUCUCCCUCCAGAGGGACGUCUCCUCCUCCUGCUUCUUCUGAUCAGGCGAGCUCCCCCACGGGUGGGAACGCACAGGAGGGACCUCCCCUGCCAAAGUGGUCUUCAGCCUUCAGCAACAGCCCGGCACAAACCGAAACUUCCCGACUGCUGAAUGGAGAGCCUUUCCUCGGCUCCCCUCUGGGGAGGGACAGCUGCACAGGAGUAGAGGAUGAUGGGCCAAGGGAGGGACGGCAGGUCAAGGAGAGCGGCCGCUCCCUUUCCCCUCCGCCCUCUUUCCGACACACCGUUGCCGAUUACGCCGGAGAAGGGGAUUUGGGAGGCCGUCUGAGGAAUGACCUUUUUAGGUGGAGCCCUCUGGCCAGAUCUGACCCGACCCGAGCCUCUCGGGGAUUCCCAGAGGAGGGGAGGACCUCUGGUGCCGCCCCGGUCUCUGGUGGGCUUGGAAGUCUGGCGCUUGCUCGGAGCUCUCUGGCCUGCAUCGAGGCCCCUGCUUCAGCCUGGAAUCAGUGGGCGGGAGCAUCUUCUGCCUCCCCAGUCUUCAAAGAAGAGAAGGAGUGGGAGGAUUCUCAUGAGCCGCUUGCCAGCCUUGGCUCUUGCCCAGCAUCUUCCACGGCUUGUUUGCCGGCCAUCGCCGUCCCCCCAAAACCCCUCCUUCAGGGGGUCUCAGCAGCUCGACCACCGGGGACUUCGACCCAUCCUGUGGGUUCUGGAAGCAGAGACAACCCACCCGUUCGUCCGACGAAGGAGGCAGAAGCACCGUGGCCGUUGGACUGCAAGCCUGUGGACUCGAACAGGGAGGGCACAGUUUGCCCUGCUUCUCCUCUAGGCCCCGAGGAAGGAGGUAUGCUCCCACGGAGGGAACGUCCCCCCUGCGGCUCCUCUGCUCCGUCCCAGAGGGAUUUCUGGCCCGGGGCAAAGGGGGCAGAGAGCAGCGUCCCGAGCGGCUGGGCUUCCUCUGAGCAGGACGUGGUGUUCCAGUUGCAGGAGUGCCAGUCAGUGCUGGCCGAGAUCUCGCAGACCUUAGGUGGGGCUGAAGGGCUUGACCACAGCCACGUGGAGAAGUGGAGGGAUCAGGUGGCGGCCCUCCAAAAGGCAACCCAGAUGCCCCAGACCCACAUCGCUGUGGUGGGGAACACGGGAGCCGGCAAGAGCUGCUUGCUCAACGCCCUGCUGGACGAGGAGGCGGUGCUGCCCACCUCGGCCAUGAGGGCCUGCACGGCUGUGGUGGUGGAGAUCUCCAGAGCGGUCGGGGGCAGCCCCUACGAGGCCGAGGUGGAAUUCCUCUCUCACCAGGAGUGGUACAAGGAGCUGCAGGCCCUGCUUGAAGACAUGAAGGACAAAUCUGGCCACUUGAAGAGGCGAUGCCCGGAUCGCAAGACGGAAGCUGGGGCCGCCUACUGUCGCGUGAAAGCCGUCUACGGGAGAAUCGAUGACCUGGAGAAGCUUGAAAACAUCCAGGACGUGACUCAGCACCUGGGCACUGUGCAGCACCUCUCUGCAGAGACGGCAGCCGUCUUCCGUACAAAAAUUGAGAAAUACAUUGAUUCUCAGACCGAUAAUUUGCGCGAGAUGAAAGGCGGGGAGUUCUGGCCGAUCGUGAAGUGUGUGAGGAUCCGUGUCGCUAAAUCGGAAGUGUUGAAAACGGGGGCUGUGCUGGUGGAUUUGCCUGGAAUCCGGGAUUCCAACACCGCCCGGGACAGAGCAGCCAAAGAGUACCUGAAAGACUGCCACGCCGUGUGGAUUGUGGCCAGCAUCACCCGGGCGGUGGAUGACAAAACGGCAAAGGAGAUGCUGGAGGCAAACCUGCGCAGGCAGCUGCUCAUGGACGGCCACUACGGGAGCCUGGCUUUCGUUUGCACCAAGACAGACAGCUUUAACAUUACCGACAUUGUCAGGGACCUAAAGUUGCAAGAUGAGAUUCAACCCAUUGAAGAUGAACUGAGAGAGCUGGAAGGUCAGAGAAUGCAGGCUGAAGUGGAAAAGAGAAGCCUUUAUGAGCAACUGCAACAGGAGGGGGAGCAGAGGCCACAGCCAAUCAGCCUCCAGAGGCAGCAUGACAUUUUGGAGAAGGAGUUCAAAAUCAGUGACUUGCAGAGAAAGAAAGAUGCCAAGCUGCGUGCCAUCAGUCUGAUUUGUGUCGAGGCCCGGAAUAAGUUUUCCAAGAAACAGAUUCUGAUGGAUUUCAGUGCGGGCUUAGAGGAGAUGAAGAGGAAGGCGGCGGAGCCUGAGGGCGAGGAGGACAGUGACGAGGACUCAGAGGAGAGCAGGGAGCUGGGCCGCUCAGACUCGGCUGGCCUUGGGGAAACGCAGUCCCAGCUGGGGCAGCUCCAGGUUUUCACAGUCAGCGCUACGGAGUAUCUCAAACUUGGUGGGAAGCUGCUUCGAGAUGGCCAGCCUCAAGUCUUCCAUGACACCAAGGACACAGAAAUACCAGCUCUGAAGAAGUUUGCCAUCGACACUGCUUUGAAGCACAGCAUGGUAGCCACGGAAAAGGUCGUCAGGGACGUGGCUUGUGUCCUGGGCCAGAUGGUCAAUUUCCUGAUGAGCCAGAGAGCUGAGGACUGCUCCCACCAGGCCCAGGUCCAGGAGACGGUGCAGCUGGCGUUGCAGGGCGUCCUCCCUCUCCUCCAGGAGCCCGUGGAGCGCAGCCUCUGUGACAUUCAGCACUGCUUUGGUGUCCUGAUCCGCAACAGCCUCAGGAAGGGGGCCGCUGAGGCCAAAGAGCUGUCUGAGGCCAUCGUCAGGAGCUGGGGCUUGCCUCCUUUCUCCCUGCCGCAUGCCACCUACCGGGCCGCGUGCUGUCGUCAUGGGGUCUACACCUCUCCAUCUCUAAAGAACCAGCAUGUGGAUUUCAAUAGGUGCCUGGCAGAACCAAUAUUCAGGGCCAUCGCUGUGACGUGGAAUCACGUUUUCAGCUUUAGGCUGGUCGAGUCGAUUCAGGACUUUGGCAAAGGUGUCUUGGAGAAGUUGAACUCCUUCUUCAAAGAUCUUGAAAGGCAACUGAGCCGGGGUGUGGAGGCGAUCCACGCCGUUUCUGUGCAGCAGACGGAAGCCGCUCGAGCAAGGUUGCUCAGCUUUGUCCUCGAGUUGAAGGACUUCAUCACCCAGGAGCAGCGGAAGAUCUCCCGCCUUCUGACUCCAGAAAUCAAGGCUCACAUGGAACCGGCCUAUGCAGCUUGUGCCCAGAUGCGCGGCAAGGGCUAUUUUGAACAAAUGAAGGCAAGGAUGGAGUCCCACAUCCAGAGGGAGAAGGAGGUCAUCUUUGAUUCUGCCGUAAGGAAGCUGCAGGACCAGCUUGACCGGCUGCAGNAAAAAAUCCAAGCCAGGCUUCAGAGCUUUGUCCAGGAGCUGACGAGAUCCCUGCAGAUGCAACUGGAGGCCGUGCUGAAGCCUGUCCAGAAGAACGCCAAGAUCAUCCCAGAAUUAAUGAACAUCUGUGCCAAAAUGGACAAGAUCUGCCGGCGCUCCUGGGUGGAUUAUAUUCUUCCCAGCCCCACGAGGACGGCAGAGGACGGUUCCCUCUGGAUGGAAGGAGAACCGCCGAAGGCUCAGGAUCCCGCCAGCUUCGUGGUUCCGUUCCUGGACCUCCGGGUUGGGGCCGUCCACCUCCCUCCCGUUGCAUCCAUCCAGGUAUCUGUGCAGGACCUCACUCUGAACCUGGCAGAUGGCACUACCGUGACUGUUUCCCUGGGAAGUGUUUGCCGCGGCGAGUGCUGCCUGCCGCUGGGGUGUCUGAUCCUGUACGUUUCGUCUGAAGUUGCUGACGAAAUUUACUCCCAGCGCGGAGUGCAAAUGCCUUGCUCAGACCUGUGCAACCCCAAGGCAGUGCUUAUCUGGGACAAAGCCCGGGACCAGAGGCUGAUUUCAAAACUGGUUGGAUGCUUAUCAUCCAGCUGCAAGGGUGCAUCCUGGGUACAGAUGCUGAGCCUGCCAGAAGGGAGGGAGAAGCUGGAACUGCUGGCAAUUCCUUAUGCUGCCCAGCAACUCCAGUAUGAGGCUGGAAAGGAGGGGGCCCCUGCUGUUUCCUCUCCUCCUCCUCCAGAGCUUCCCCCUGUCAUACAACAGCUGCUGCCUCCUCCGGGUGACCUGCAGCCACGCAGCAAAAGGCGAGCAGGAGAGGUCAUCCAUUUGCAGCUGGAAAAGAAGCACAAAGUUGAAGCCACAGCACCCUGGGCAGGAUCCGAUCCUCUGCUGCGCUGCCACGGGAACACAGAAGCAAGAGGCACGCCCGGCAUCAAAGCCCCCGAGGCCUGCUUGUUGCCCACCCUGGAGGACAGCCGUCGGAAGGCGGACGCCCUUCCCGGAGCACCCCUGUGCCACGUGGCCCUGCAGCUGGACGGUAGUCCGUUCCCCAUUCCUGGGUCUGCAGGUGGUCUGCAUGUCCGAGCUACAGAGGGCAUUUGGGAGAAGUGUCCCAGUCACAAUGCUGCUGCUAAAAAGGAGGAAGAGGAGGAGGAGGAGGAGUGCUUGAAGGUUGAGAAGAUGCAGCCGAGCCCUGCGGGCUGCUCCUGGCUGACCUUCUGAGAUCCCUCGGCCCUCCCACCCACUUUGGCUUGAGGGGCAUUGGUGGGCGUAGCCAGGUCCCCAGGCUUUGGAAGAACGCCACCACCCAUAGUGGAGAAGGGAACCUUUAGGAUCCUGUUUUGCUGCCUAAAGACGCUCCGUGGGAAGGACUCUGCUCCCUUUUCCCCCUUCGCCUCCAGCCAACCAUUGACUUCCAGAACUGCCUGUGCCGAGAUUUCCACUGUUCCUCUUGGACGAGCACACUACAAAGCCCAUUUCUCUCCCUGCACCCAGGGGCAGCGCUCCAUGCCUCCUGCCACCACGCAGUUAGGGCUGAGAGUGCCUGGGAAUACCUAGGUAGAGAGACCCCACACACACACCUGCUGCUGCUGCUAUUAACACAAGAGUUCACCCCAGGAUGCCCUGCUAGCCAAUUCCUCCCUGUAUGGAGACCUCCUGCUAAUGCUGCUUCUGCAGCACUGGGGAGCAGAGAUAUAACCCUUGCCAGCUGGGCUACAUCCUGCCCUUGGAGCCUUACGGGCUGGAGUCUGAAAUUGCCGGCAUCACCUCUUGUCCUUCCAUUUGCCUUGGUGGCUCAGAACCUGCUGGCAGACCUUUCCUGAAGACGCAAAAGGGCCGGGUCCUUGGGCUGGUUCAUCUGCUAAGCUCAGUUGUCUGGGCUGACUCUGGGCGUAAAGCAGGGGAUUGGUCUCCCUUCAGCCAAGGUGAAUAAGGGUGCCUGAUAUAUGUCGGGCUGGGUCUCCUGGGUAGGGAGGCCUUUUCCAGGAAAGACGAGCGAGGGUGCCUGGAGUCUAGGGGCCAGGCCAUGGCGGCGGUGGGGGGGGGGCUCUCCUGAAAGCAGCUGCACAAACGCUUGGUCUGUUGGCUUCUCUGCAUGCAUUUUGAGUUGUGAUCUUGAUUAGCCCCAGUGUGCGUGCUGCCGUGCCACUUUUCUGUAGCUGGCUUUGGGGGUUCAGGAGCUUUGCCCUCGGCAGCCUGCGGUCGAAGCAGCCCCUGCAAAACCUAGCCCAAGAUUCAGCAACAACAACAGCAUGGCAUUUUCAGUUGCAAGUUUUUCGGUUUCUGCUUCUGCCAAGUCUUUGUUUUGACCUGCUUCUGCUUUAAUGCACCUCCGCCUUGUCCGUGGGUCCACCUGCCUCUCUUUGAAAGGACUCUGUGCUAUAGAGCAGGCCCGGAAGCACCGAGGGUCUCUUCGCCUGAGGACUGUGCCCGGUGCCCAUAUGGCUUUAUGGCGUGGGACCCAGCACUGCCACCAUGCCUUAGGGCAUCUUGUGCUUCUGCUUUAGCUGCCCAUGGGAGCAAGUUCUCAUGCUGCCUUUGGUGCGUGAGCUGCCCACCCGUUUCCUCCACAGGCGCUGGACCCACCAUGGAAAGGACAGGUGAGACUCUCUGGAGGAGUUUGGUUUUUGGAGCGCAUGUAUUGCCAGAUGCGUUUGCUUGGACCCACCUGUAUUUGUGGCUGUUAAUCACUGCUGUGGUUCCAUUAAUAAAGCAUGAUUCUUGAAA